CGACCAGCAUCAAAAUGCAAUUUGUUAAUCUAGUAAUCUGUCUAGACACCGAGUAUAACUAGUCGUGACUACAGAGAAAGAUAUUAACCUUUGAAUUAUAAUGAUUUUUACAUUUUCAAACAUUUAUUGUGUGACCCUGUGAAUAUUCCGAGCGAGCCGUCGUUUGUUUCCCAGCCGGAGUGUUUUUCCUGCGACACCACCCUCCCUUUCAUUUCUCCAGGAACAGUUGUGUUUUUUGCUCCAACAUGUCGAGUUCCUACAAAAACAGGAUUCAGGAGUUUAAGACGGCGCUGAGUGAGGAGAAGGUGGACCUGAAGGCACUACGGGAGCUCUGCUUCGGUGGAAUUCCUUUCGAGGGCGGGAUUCGGUCCCUGUGCUGGAAGAUCUUGUUGAACUACCUCCCACUGGACCAGACAUUAUGGGUCUCGUUCCUGAAAAAGCAGAGGGAGAUUUAUUCCCAGUUCCUAAAGGAGAUGAUCAUCCAGCCGGGAAUCGCUAAAGCUAAUCUGGGUCUCUCCAGAGAGGACGUGACCAUGGAGGAUCAUCCGUUAAAUCCGAAUCCCGAGAGCCGAUGGAACAACUACUUUAAGGAUAACGAGGUUCUGUUACAGAUCGAUAAAGACGUCAGGCGUUUAUAUCCCGACAUGGCGUUCUUCCAGAGACCCACAGAGUUUCCCUGUCAGCUGAUCCUCGACUCGCAGAACGAGUAUGAAACCCUGCGCAGACGCGUGGAACAAACUACACUUAAAGCUCAGACCGUCAACCGCAACCGCAGCGGAGUCACCAACGUGAGCUCACCGGGCAAGGCGCUUAACCUGUACCCCUCCAAUGAGUACGAGGUUCUGCCGAAUGGCUGCGAGGCGCACUGGGAGGUGGUGGAGCGAAUCCUGUUCAUUUACGCCAAGCUGAACCCGGGAAUCGCCUACGUCCAGGGCAUGAACGAGAUCGUCGGGCCCAUUUACUACACCUUCGCUACUGACCCCAAUGCACAGUGGAAAGAGCACGCGGAGGCCGACACCUUCUUCUGCUUCACUAAUCUGAUGUCGGAGAACCGCGAUAACUUCAUUAAGAGUCUGGACGACUCGCAGUGCGGGAUCACCUACAAGAUGGAGAGCGUCUUCUCCAUGCUUAAGGAGAAGGACAUGGAGCUCUACAUGAAACUGGAGCAGAAUAUAAAGCCUCAGUAUUUCACAUUCCGCUGGUUGACCCUGCUGCUCUCUCAGGAGUUUCUGCUGCCGGAUGUGAUCCGGAUUUGGGAUUCGCUUUUCUCCGAUCAGGAUCGAUUCCACUUCCUCAUAAUUGUCUGCUGCGCCAUGCUCACUUUAAUUCGUGAUCAGUUGCUGGCAGGAGACUUUACAACAAACAUGAGAUUACUCCAGGAUUACCCCAUUUCAGACGUACACACAAUCCUGACCAAGGCCAAGGAGCUGCAGGACUGCUCGUAGCUCACACACACUCCUCAUCCAGUGAAACCAUGGCAACCAGAUACCACAGCGACAACCAGAGCGGUGCCCCAUUGCAUCCUGGGAAGGAUGUCAUCUUUCUGCAUUGCAUUAUGGGAAAUUACAGGAGAAAACCUUACACCUUGGCUUACGGCUCUCCCGUAGUCAGACUGUGUGUGUGUGUGUGUGUGUGUGUGUGUGUGUGUGUGUGUGGAGCUUUUGAUUGCACUUGAACACUUGAAAAGGGUCCGGUUGUGUCCAAACCACUCUCCAAAUUUGCAAUCCAAGUGAAGGGUUCUCAGUGUUUUGGUUGUUUUUCUUAAUUUUUUAAAAAAACAUUUAACUUUUUUUAAUUUUGGUGUUGUUUUUAUUUUGUUUUAUUUUUUACGAUGGGUGUAUUCGUGAUGGAAAGAGGGCUGGUGCAGCAGCACACACCCUGAACAAACAUCAACUCUACACUAAACGUGUGCCGAUAAUCAGUUCUAAACAAAACACACCUCAGCACUCCAGGGUUACUGUUGCUAUGGUUACGGUCUUCUUUCUUGCCACUGAAGGGUUAAACUCUGUAAACGCUGUAAGGCAAUAACGAAGGUUAAAUAAAGGGCUGGUUACAUGGUGAGGCGUGAGGAUGUGUCCUACAUCACAGAGUUCUGGACUCUGGAUUGGUCAGUAGGUGUUGAUUAAUUGUCUAUAACAGCAGCUCUGACAGUAGCUCAGGUUUAUUCACAGUGGACGCUAAUAAUAAGCCGAUUAAAAAGGAAAAAUGUAAUUGUUUAUGGAAGGAGUCUCCAGUGUCAGCGCUUUGUAACUGUCAGAGUUAAAGCUGUAAGAUUUCCGAGUUCUUCGGGGACAGAGAGGUUUCCGCUGCGUUUAUUGUCUCGUUACCUUCAGGAGUAAAAGUAAGAACAGGAACUGUUUUGUUUUUCCCAGUUCUUCACAGCUGUACCGGAUUCAGAGUGAAGUGUAGGAGGAAUAAAACACUCAGGACAUGCUGUUAUAGGAAAAUAAUCAGUGUCAGAGUGUCGACAGUAACUCAGUUACAUCAUACCAACACAUUUCUGUAAUCACCCCACUGCUGACCGUUACUCCUGAGUGUCACAUUCUCCACGUUAGUGACCCCAGCAUGCUGAACUGCUGGUGAUGGGAUAUGGUCAGGAGAGCGUUAAGUUGAAUACAGGGAGGUGCUGAAACAUCCUCGUCCGGAGUAAAAGGUGGAGGAUGAGCGAGGACAGUGUUGUGUGUGUGUGUGUGUGUGUGGUUUUAUUGUGUUGUGUAAUUGAUUAUUGGCACGAUUCUGUUCGGGUUUGAGGAGAGCCAACACUAUGUCCAGGGGAAAUCUUCAUAUAUUAAUGUUUGAUUUUUUAAAAAAUUUUCUUUCACGUUGUUAUUCCAAGUUCUGCUGUAUGUGUAGAUUGUGUGUGUGUGUGUGUGUGUGUGAGUGUUUAGUAAAUCAGUGAUACCUUUUCCACUGACACGGAGCGAGCGUCGUUCCGGUUCUCUGAACUCUUACAUCAUAAAGUGGGUGGAUCUUAUAGGCUGAGCUUAAUUUAUUUUAUCAUCUAAGUCUGAUUGUUUUUAUUGACUUGAUUGACAGGUGUCACUGAGUCAGCAAGGGCGGGGCUUAGUCACAUUAUGUUACCUCUGCCAACUGGAGACUAUCAGUAGUUUUGUUCAUUUUAGCUAGCUGGCUAGCAGGCUCUGCUACUGGAUGUAAUAACAUAAUAAACUGGUUUAGUGCAGCAUUGAAUUAACUCACUGGUCCCAGUGAAAGAGGCGUGGCCUCUGUGCAUGUUCUUGCUAGAUAUGGAGUCAUGGUCUUUACUAGUGAUGGAGGUGUGGCUUGAUUUGCCACUCACUGCUAGUAAAGGAGGUGUGGCCUCUGUACCUGGCAGUGGUGAUAAAUAAGGUGUAGCUUCUGUAGUUGUAGGUUACAGUGAAUAAGGUGUGGCAUAUGUGUCUCGGAUCUAGGGAAAGGGGUGUGGCCUUUCUGAAUGAAGGAGUUGUGGCCUGUGUACCUGUCAGUCCCAGUAAAGAUGGCAUGGCCUGUGUACAUGUCAGCCUAAGUGAAGGAGGUGUGACUUGUGUAGCUGUCAGUCUCAGUGAAGGAGGCGUGGCCUGUGUACCUGUCAGUCUCAGUGAAGGAGGCAUGGCUUGUGUACAUGUCAGUCUCAGUGAAGUGGGCGUGGCCUGUAAACCUGUCAGUCUCAGUGAAGGGGGCGUGGCCUGUGUACCUGUCAGUCUCAGUGAAGGGGGCGUGGCCUGUGUACCUGUCAGUCUCAGUGAAGGAGGCAUGGCUUGUGUAGCUAUCAGUCCCAGUAAAGAAGGUAUGGCUUGUAUACCUGUCAGUGUCAGUGAAGGAGGCGUGGCCUCUUUAUGAGAGAGAGAAAUAGACACUGUUAUAUGUAGCGUCAGAAAUGAAGUGAGGUGCUGAAUGAGAACGGUUCUAGAUAAAGCUCCAGCACCGUGUCAGUGGAAAAACUUUCCGAGUUUACUAACCACAUACUAAUCAUAUUCAAAUAUCAGAACAGAUGCUAUUUAACCUGCUAAAGCGUGUUUCUCUGCUGCCUCUGAUGCUAAUCUUCAACACAGCAUGCACAUGUUUACGCUGUUUCUUUCCCUUGUCUCUGAAAUGGACCUGAAAAAGACGAGACGGAGCCGAACCUGCUGCACAAACCGGCAUGUGCUGAUGUACUGACCUUCACAUGGCCACCUUUUUUUCCCUUUUAAACAGUGUUAGCAAUAUCACACUGUCAGACAUGACUACAAAUUAUUGUAAAUUCUACUUUAUACACCUUCCUAAUGCCAGAGAUUUCAUCUCACUGCCUGAAAUCAUGACUCUCCCUCUUUAGGCAGCCUAAGGAGUGACGCUAGUGGUCAGACGUCUGUGAUGAGUGUUGCAGUAUCAUGGUGCGGAUGACCACAGGCUCAUGCUUCUGAAUCACAAUGCCACUUUUUCAGACUGAUUUAUUAAAUGUACCACACAACAAUGGAUGAUUAAUGCAGUUUUUGCUGAAUGUGUUUCCUUUUCCCAAAUGAAUUGAAAAUGUUUUUUUUGUGAUGCUUUCUGAUGAUUUUAACACUAAAGUGUUGUUUUUGGAAAAUCGA